AUAUACUGUCUAUUUUAAUCGGAUUCCUCCACUGGGAUUGCUGAAACUAUUGGGGAAAGAUGCCCGAAGGAGAAAUCAUAGAGUUUUUGACCAUUUCAUUGGCCAGGAUUUCUGGACAAAAGGUGAGGUCCGCAAUGCUUGGGUGGUAUACAACGCUGGCAUGCGUUACCGCGGCGGUCUGCCUGCCACAGACCAGGAUGAAAUUGGAGUUGUGCCGCUCUCAAGGUGCUCGCUAAUGGAUGCUAACAAGCGGUUUCUGGAUGCAGACCGCGUGGUGUCAUAUGGCGUGUGACGUCACAGGCAAUCGGCAAGACUGCCUGGAUACUGGAUCAGGAUAAUACGGCUGGCUGGAUGAAGAUCUUUGGCUGCAUUUAGGGCUGGUUUAAAAAUCCUCAGGCACCAUGCUGCUUGCUGUAUACAACUACAAUUCACCAAGAGCACUGGUAACCAGGUCAGCGCUCGGAACUGUACUUAUUAUACUUUGUGUGGUCUUAGCACACAUAGGAAUCCAGAAGCAGUUCAGUCCUCAUCCUCUGGUCUUAACAUUAUGUAUGACUGUGUCAGCACUUUGGAGCAAUACGGGCAUUUUACAGCUCUUAGUAGACAAUAAGAUCGUGUCAGCUUCAGAUCAGUUUUGUGAGGCCAUAUUUCCUGGUUUACUUGCCAUUUCCUGUGCCUUUCUCACAAUCGGAUGUGUUGGGACGCUUCACAAUCAAGGGCCCGUACCCCUUAUGUCCUUUGCCCUAGGAUUAGCUAACAUCCAUGUACUUGCAAUGUGUAAUGACCAAACACUCGGUCCAUCAGGUAUUGGAUGUAACUUUAUGAUUGUGACAACUAUCAGUUUAUAUCUUGUGGCAUUAAGAUUUUGGAAUAUUUUGCAAAAAAAACCUGCCCCCCAGGUUGUGAAUCGUGUCCAUUCCAAAAAGUAUUUAUCAAGAAACCAUCUUAUUGUGACCGGAAUUAUGACUAAUAUGGUGUCCUCUAGUGUGGUCUGUGGAAAGCUUAUUGGAACCACUAAUAUUCAAUUCCUUGGCCAUGCCCAUUGGAUGUUUACAUCAGCAACAUACCAACUCAUAGUCUCCAUUGCGUCAUUUUGUGCCUCGGACAUAUUAAAUGCAGCAUUCUUCAGCUUUCUGUCCAUCCUAAAGUUUGCAGAAGGGUAUUCAUUUUUCUAUCAGCCUAACAUAACAAAUGUCCAAUUGCUUCCCCUACCUUUCAUGGUUGUGUUUGCAGUCCUUUUUGGUAUUUUGGCUUUCAUGAUGUCUCUGAAAAACCUAUACUUUGGCAUAUAUACUUUACUCUAUGCCGCAUACUGUGCUUCUUUAACUCUUCCAAGUGGCAUUAACCAUAUUGCACCACAAGUGAUCAGCUUGAUCAUCUUCAUAGCUUCGGUAGCCUACAUGUUUCUAAGGCUUUACUUCUCAAAGGCGGAAUUCAAAACCCCCCAAAGACACGGUCUGAUGGAGAUGAUGAAUUCCUGCCUUCGAUUUCUUAAGGUAAAACAAAUGAAAAUGAUUUUCUGUUUGUAUGCUGAUGGCUUUAGAUUCAAGGAGGUGGAUGCCAUCGGCCAUGCAUUUAACACCCUUGCAGUUUUUUCUAUCAUUAUUGAAACAAAAGCUUCUUUCAUUUUAGUCAUUGUGGUGGGAAUCAUGGUUCUCAUAGCUGGCUUACUGUCUGCAUCUGCUGGUAAAACCAUAGAGAGCAGCGCCUUCCUCUUUUAUGGAAUCUGGUGGAUAACUUUUGGAACAGAGAGAUACUUCUGCUUAUCUGUGUCGGUGAAGGUGUUCUAUGUGGCACUGGGGAUAAUAUGCUUUCUAGUAUUACAUGGCUUUAUCACUGUUUGCAUGAUCAUGCUAAACAAAGUUUGGUUCAUAAACUCCUUAUUUUUUGAGGGUCUCCUCUUAAUAAUUCUACUGAGAACAUUUUCUAUUGUAAAAUGGGAAUGCACUGUUGUUUUUAGUGUUCUCUUUGGUGUUGUAAGCUUCUACUGCUUUCUGGCUUCCAUACUUAAUGGGACUGUAGAGACUCCCCAUCUCCCUUGGGGUGAACCAUUCCUAAAGAAUCCACUGUUGAUGCAGGGUCACAUGCCGUGCACGCUUCCCGCAAAAAAAGUCUCCUCAGUUAAAAAGAUUGUAGAUAUUAUGAGAAAAGGAGGCAUUUGUGUUAUUCCAGCAGAUGAGGGAUAUGUUAUUGCAUCGGCUUGUCAAUUCCCAGACUCGGUGCAGAAACUCUCCAAGAUAGAUGUGGAAAACAAAGAUAGUGAGAUGUCUAUUUACAUUUCAAGUGUAAAACAACUGCAACCAAUAAAAUGUUUACUCAGCAAACUUAUGUGGGAUUUCAUUGAAGGUCUAUGGCCAAAUCCUGUUGGUUUUGUUUUACCUGAAAUUGGAGACUGGUUGGAUGGAUUUGAGCUAGCAACUUCUUCCUCACUACCUGGAUCUUCAAAGAAUGUUAUUGUACAUAUAUCAGACUGUGAAAUCACUACUCAGAUCAUUGAUCAGGUGGGGCCAAUAGCUGUUCGAUCAUUGCCAAAGGGAACACACAUUCAUCCCGGUCAAAUGUUCCCAAAAAUGCAAAACAAGGUCAGCGCAAUCCUCCUUGAUGACAAAAAUAAUGAUGACAAUGAGUUUACUGUUGUAGACUGUAUGAAGAUUAAAACGGGAACCAUUGAUUUUGUCAAGGUUGGAAGUGUAUCUAAAACAAAGGUCUUGGACAUUUUACACGCAGUCAUGUCAAGAAGAGACAGCUGCCUUAACACUCUCCAUUCAUUCCAUUUAUGAGAUGACACGACACAAGACUUUCAUUCUGUCCGAAGAGAACUUAAUGGGGACAACUUCUUGCACUUUGUUGCGACAUCUGUUUCAUGAACAUCUUGGUUAUACAUUUUCUGGUCAUGAUUUUGCAAAGAAACAUUUCAAUUUUAAUACUUGUAAAACCAACAUAUUUUUGUAUUGUAUAUCAAGGGGUCAUGAAAUGCACUUUAGAUUGGUUAAGACAUAUAUUUUGACAAGUUUCAAACAAUCAAGAAAUAAAAAUGUAAAUAAGCUAUAAAAUUGCAAAGCUCAGUGGUAAUCUAUAAUAACAGUAAUAACUUUCCCUCCUAUA